AGCUGACAACAUUGUAAAAUCAGGUGUUUUGCUUAGUGCGUUUUUUAGUUUUUGUGGUUUUUAUGUUGUUCUGUGAUUUUGUUUCGUUUCGUGGUGGUUUAUGGUUUCGUGGGUGUUUUCAUUUUCAUUUGCAAUUUUCCAUUUUCAACUGUGAUUUCCAAGUCCAAGUGUUUCGCCAGCUCUUAUUUGUUAUUUGCAAGUUAGAAGUUUACACAUAAAAAUAAAUUUCAGAUAAUUCAAAAAUGCCUGCUGGAGGUGCAUUAUUUGGAAGCGCUGCUGCUGGUCCUGGUUCAACCGGAGGAAAUAAACAUCUUAUUGAAGUUAGAGCUGGAAAAAUGACCUUAAAAGGUCGAAUGGUUUAUCCAGAUACACGUAAAGGGCUGUUAUAUGUUUACCAAAGUGAUGAUUCAUUGAUGCACUUUUGCUGGCAGGAUCGCACAACUGGCAUUGUUGAAGAUGACUUGAUUAUAUUUCCAGAUGAUUGUGAAUAUGCAAAAAUUCCCCAGUGUACUACUGGUAGGGCUUAUUUGUUAAAAUUCAAGUCGUCUAACAAAAAGUUCUUCUUUUGGUUACAAGAACCAAAAUCUGAUAAGGAUGAAGAUAAUUGCAAGAGAAUUAAUGAGUUAUUGAAUAAUCCUUCAAGUGCUGUUCAAAAUACACCAAAUCCUGAUCAAGACUUACAAUCUUUGCUUAACAACAUGUCUCAGUCGCAACUGAUGCAACUUUUUGGUAGCGGUGUUGGCCAAAUGGGAGGUCUAUCAAGUCUUUUAGGAACUAUUAGGGGUCCAAACAGUGGCAGCGCCCGUACCAAUACAACUCCUGCAAUUACUCAUAGAACCACCACUACAACAGUUCCUAGCACACCGACCACCACCACUACCACCCCAAGCACCCAACCAUCUGCAACAGCUGGCUCAACGACACCCCAAAACUCUACAAUUCCUACAGUAACUCCAGAUGCUCCCAGGGCUAGGGGAAGAAACACCACCAGGGCUCCCGAAUCUCCAUCAUUUGAACCAAUUCAAUUGGCCGAUUUGCAAAAUUUCUUGACCGGUAUCGCCCCACCAUCAGGAAACGCUGGUGCAGCUGCGCAACAGCAAUCUGUGGAUUUGUCCACAGCGUUAACAAGCGAAAGUCUAGCUGGAGUACUGAACGAUCCAGAUACUCUUCAACAAUUACAGAACCAUCUACCUGCCGUUGAUCAAAAUACUCAAGAGGCCUUAAGGUCCACAUUGGCGUCACCUCAAUUUCAACAAGCCGUGUCUCAGUUUUCCAGCGCUCUGGAAUCCGGUCAAUUGGGUCCUAUUGUCUCCCAAUUAUCCGUAAAUCCAGACGCCGUAGCCGCCGCAGCGCAAGGGAAUAUGGCGGACUUUGUGAAAGCUUUAGAGAAAUCGUCGAGUGAGGCGUCCGCAGAUAAAGAUAAGGAUAAAGAAGCUGGACAAAAAAAGGAAGACAAGAAGAAGGAUGAUGAUGAAGAUCAGAUGCAACUUGAUUAGAUUAAAAUGUGCUUUCAAAUAAUAAUAUUAUAGUAGUGUGGCUUAAUUUUACUGCAAGAAAAAUGUUUAAAUAUAAUCAAAUUUCUUAAAAGCUUUUUUUCUACAUUGGAUAGAAUAUACAUAAUUUAUUUCCUUUUUACAAAUUACAGUUAUACAUACAAUACAAAUCAUAACAAUAAAAACACACUAAAAUUGACUUUGCACAUGGCUUUCGACAUCUGAAGGGGUGGAUUUGAAGUCAAUCACAAUUCUGACUCUCGCCAAUGCAAACAAAUUCUAAUCUUAUCCCAAUUCUCUUGAUUCUCUUAAAGCCACCCUUGUGACAUCGUUUAGAAUGGGCAAUCUAAUAAUUUUACUAGAAUUGGGGAUUAUUCAUUUUCAUAUUUCCAAAAUUGUAAUUUUAUUGUUUGAUUCCAAUCCAUCGUAACCAAGUCUUUUAUUAAGUUUCAUUUCAAUUGUACAGGGUGUUUCUAAAGUAAUCUGAAAUGUUGUGGGCGAUUCGUCAUUCAAUUUUAAGACCAAGAGCUCUUAUAAAUAUGUGUGAUAGGUUUUGUCGUUUAUGAAAUGCAGGGUGUUGACUUUUUGUAAUAUACGAGCUCUAACUGUAAGUGAAAGUUACCAUAAAUUUUCCUUAGUGAUACUAACUGGUUCCCUAAACUACUUACAAGGCUGUAAUGUCAUUCACAACAAUCCUGGUAUCUUUGAACUUAUUCAGCAAUCCAUUAGACUUCAAGCAAAGCUUCUAUUGUAGCUGGAGCUUCACAUUUUGAACAUCUGCUAUGAAAUGUAAUACUACUUUUAUGUUUAUCACAAUUUAUUGCUCCUAUUAAAAUAAUAAAAAAGUAACAUCUAUCUCAUAUGGACAAAACCAAUCAAACAUGUUCAUAGGAGCAUUUCGACUUAAAAUUGAAUGAUGAAUCGCCCACAACAAUAUUUCCAGAUUAUUUUGGAAAUACCAUGUAUAUUCUAAAAUAAAUGCAUCUUUUUAUAUAUAUUUUUUUUUAGUAUUCUUUCCGUCAUAAGUUUUAGCUAUAUUUAAAUAGAAUUCCAAUUUUAAAAUUAUUAUUAGAGUAUUGUAAUCGAAAAAAAGUCACUCUCCGAGAUUAUUUCAGAUCUUCCUGUUUCAGGGUCUCUAGAUUAGGAAAAACAUGUUUCCCCAUUUCGUCAGUUUGUUUGUUGGUGCAAUAGUUCUAAGAACGACUUCAAAUUCUGUAUGCAGGUAAGGCUUUUUUUCUGAUUCGAAACCAGUAAUACUUCCAGUCAGUUAUAUAAAGGGUGAGCAAUUUAAAAGAAAUUAUUUAUUUUUGAUAGUCUGCAGAUUUCGACUAAAAUUAGUAACUGAGUAUUUUAAAAGUCAAAUAUAUAACGGAUCCUAAAUAAAUUUUUACAAAUUCAAAACGGUGUAGAAAAGAAUCGUACUUAUUCGAAGAAGGUCCCCCUUGAAUCAAAAUAGCAAAAAGUGUCCUCUUGGUUUGUGUAACUGGACCAUUUUAAAAGCAGUCAUCGUUCAAUAACGGUAAACGUGACGAAUUAAACCGAGGGACGUGAAGUUAGAGUUUGGGUGGGAUCAAGAGGAAGAUCGAUGGAGAGAGGAAGUUAAAAAAAGAAAAAGCAUAUAGGAAUGCUAAAAAAAUAAAGUAAGAGACAAAAACAAAGAAGAAUAAGCAUAUAAACUUGCAGAAAAAGAAAGUAAAAUGUAGGAAUGCUAAAAAAGAAAGUAAAACACAAAAAAGAAAGGAAGAUACAUAUAAAGAUAUGGAAAAUGAAAAAGAUAAAGAAGUUAAAUAAAAAAAAGAAUAUAAACUUGAAGAAAAGAAAGUAAGAAACAAAAGAAGAAGAAAAGGCAUAUAGGGAUUCUGAAAAUGAAAGGAAGAGACGAAAAAGAAGAAAAAGCAUAUAAAGAGAUGCUGAAAAAAACAAAGAAGUUAAAAGACAAAAAAGAGAAGGCAAGGCAUAUAAAUUUGCAAAAAAGAAAAUAAGAUACAAAAAGAGAAGAAAAAGCAUGUAGGGAUGCUGAAAAGAAAGUAAGAAACAAAAAAGUUGAACAAGCAUAUAGAGAUGUAGAAAAAGAUCAAACAGUUAAGAAGACAAAAAAGAGAAGAGUAAACAUACAGACUUGCAGAAAAGAAAGUAAGAGACAAAAAAGAGAAGAAAAAGCAUAUAAGGAUGCUGAAACAGAAAGUAAAAGACAAAUAAAGAAAGCAAGAUAUAUAUGAAGAUGCGGAAAAUGAAAAAGAAAGAAGUUAAAAGAAAAAGAAAAGAAUCAUACAAACUUGCAGAAAAGAAAGUAAGAAAUAAAAAAGAAGAAAAAGCAUGUAGGAAUGCUGAAAAAGAAAAAGAGAAACAUGUUAAAAGAUAAAAAAGAGAAGACGAAGCAAAUAAACUUGUAGAAAACAAAAAAGAAGAAAAAGCAUAUGGGGAUGUGAAUUAUCAAGACCAUUCCCUAACAUCAAAGUUGAAUACUUGGAGAUUUGAAAAAAAGCCUGCCGCAGUCAUGAAUCCAACCCGAAAAUCCUUGUAUGCUAGACAAGUGCCCUUCUUUCUAGAUCAUCACAUUGUAUACGUUGGACCCGCACUAGCACAUCAAAUUUUUGUUUAUGAAUCUCGACAAUAAAUGUCAUGAUGGUUGAUACACAUAUAAAGGGGUUAGAUUUUAAAGCAAAAUAAAAUUUUAUUUUACACUUUUGACCUAUAACAUAUGCGAUGUUAAAUUUCUCAGGAGUUGGGUACUUAAACUACUUAAAGGGAUAUUAUUAAAAUAAAACUAAUCGAUUCUCUUACGUGAUUUAAUAAAAUGAUGCUGUAUAAAGGUAUUUGAAUAUUUGAGAUCGAGCCGUCGGGCCUGAACUAGCACAUUAAAUUUCUGUCUAGGAAUCUCGACAGUCAAUGUCGUAAUGAUCUAGUAGGAAGGUCACUUAUCUAGCAUACAAGCAUGCCUCGUUCGAUUCCCGGCUGCGACAAGAUUUUUUAAAUCUCCCAAGUAAUUAUUUACAACUUUGUGGUUUGGUCAUGGGCUUGAUAGUUCGUAGGGGGAUAUUUGAAAUUAGUUUCUGAAUUUUCAAAUUAUUGUCUAUUAAAAUAGUCUUUAUUUAAAAAAAUAAUUAAACAUUGAUUUGAAAGUUCGUAAAAUUGAAUCUAAAAUGAAUAAAAUUUAAAAAAUUAACUAAUUUACUUAACCUAUGCAAACUGGAGGCAUCGCAAAUUCCUUCAAAAAAAUAAUACAAUAAAUAAGAAAAAAUUUAAAAAACCUAACUAAUAUACCUAACCUGUGCGGCCUGAAGUCAUCGCGAAUUCCUUAAAAAAUAUAUAUACAAUAAAUAAGAAAAAUUGGAAAAACUAAGUUACUUAACCUGUGCAGCUUGGAGCCAUCGUAGGUUAGGCAACCCCUCUUUCUGGGACGUAGAUAAACCCGGUCCUUCGUCUGCUGAAACCACGCAUGUCCCCGAUGAAACUUACAGUGAUGGUAGGCUGCUGAUAUAUUGAUCCCACCUGAUGUUCAUCAUCUUUUUCUUGAAACUUCAACUCAAGUGAUGCUCCUGGAGAAGAGUAUUAUUAUAAUUCUUGCCACGCCAAUUUUGAGGGUAUACGCCAAUGUUUGGAAGCAAUGGAUUGGGAUGGGCUUUUUCAAGGAAAAGAACUUUCAGAAAUGAUUCUUACUCAUUAUGACACUUUGUACUCGGUAAUUGAGUUAGUUGUUCCCUUAAAGAAAUUUGUUAUAAACAGCAGUGGCGGUUUGCCCGUAAAGGCACUUGGGCACGUGCCCUAGUAUAAUAAACAAAAAAAAAUCACUUUCAUAUUUUAUAUUUUCCUCAAUGCCUAUUAUUAUUUUAUCUAAUACUCAGCGCAAACCGCGUUGGCACGACACUGGACGACCGGGCGUUGAGCGACAUUCCGAGAAUUCCGAAAUUAAGUGGAAGAUGGGCACAGUAAAUGUGUGCCUCUGUUGUUUUCUCUUUCAUUAUGAUGCGAAAAACAAGGACAACGACAAUAUCGCUUAGCAAGAGAUGAACACAUGCGAUGGAUUAUACGUCACAAGCAGGGCGCUGUCCUCAGCGUGACGUGCUUUACCCAUGGCACAGAUUACCUAGACCCACCCUAGACCAGAUACGAAUGUACGCAGCGGUUUAAGGUGCGAGUUUGUUGGACCAUGAUAAUAAUUCAUUUAUUGUGAUUACGAAAAAACGUUAGUUGGACCAUUGAAAUAGUUAAGAAAUAAAACUACAAAGAAAAAUAUUUUUUUUUAUAAAGCAGUCAAAAAUAUGAUGAAAAAAAUCAACAAUAUUUAUAAAUGGGACAAAAUUUUAAUUUUUCUUUUGGUUUUGUCUGACUUUUUCGAGGAUUUCAAAUCUCUCUUUGCUUAUAUAAGAGUAUAAAAAAUUCUAAGUCUUAUAAAUAAUUUAAUGGUGUACAUUUUCGCAAAUUGUUGGCAAGGAUGACCAAAUUCUAUUUUGCUCAUCUCAAAAAGGUAUGCGUUGGAAAUUCCAACUAAACAGGACUGUCCAAAAUUAUGAAAUAUUCAGUCAGUUAAGAUCACAAUGCAGGAUUAUAUCUAGAGAAUGCUAUUCAAAUUACAUAUAUUCUGUUGAAAGUUUUGUUAAAGCCGUUUGGAAUUUUGUAAGUGCCAAAAGAUCUAAUAACACCAUACCUGAUAUUAUGAACCUUGAAGACUCUUUUGCUUCUUGUGGCAGUGAAGUAUCAAAACUUAAUAUUUCCUCUUACCACAAUUUCUAUUUCGAUCAUUUAUGAGAAAUUAUUUUAUCUUGACAUAAAGAAAGGUCCAGGUCCUGACAUUAUUCCUCCCAUCCUACUCAGAAAUUGCAGCUUCGUAUUGUCUCGCCCUCUCUUCCAUAUUUUCAAUAAAUAUAUCGCCACAGGUGAGUUUUCAGGUUAUUGGAAACUAUCUUAUGUUACCCCAAUAUACAAAUCGGGUAGCAAGUCAGACGUCAAAAAUUACCGACCUAUUCUCAGUACUAUACCUAAGGUUUUUGAGAACAUUAUAACAGACUACCUACCUAGCAUCAUAACGGUUCAUCAACAUGGUUAUGUGCUGGGAAAUCGACUGGAUUAAAUCUAGUUACCUACAUCGACUUCCUGUCGGAAGCUUUG